UCGCGAAUCCCGCCAAUCGAGCGCCACCGUCGUGGCUUUUUUAUCCUGCUAUUUACGCCGAAGGACGGAGAAGAGCAGGCUCCCCAUCUAGCUCUCUCGCUCGUUCUCUAUCCCUCUCCUUUUCCUUCGUUCUCCCUGCGUGUUUCGUCGCCACGGGAGAGGACACUCUCGUUUCGGGAUCCGUUGAGGUUGCACACGUUUUCACGAACAGCGCCGCCCGUAUACUGCGACGCGCUUUAUCCUACGUCGUUCUCGUUCGAUACGGUCUCUAGCGUGUUAGAAAAUUCGUGAUUUCGCCGGAUAACUCGUUCGUAGCGUCUGUUUACCGUUAAAAAGCAUCGUUGAUGCCGUGCGCCAGUGUGUUGUGGUAGUAUGUGACAGUACGUCGCAAGAGGAUACAGUGUUGUCAUAUCGUGGGCGCGAAUACACGGUACCUCGAUUCGCGAACUUUCCCGUUAAAAAUCGUGAGUGUACACGUGAAUAGACACGGCAUUCGAUGCGUUCGGUUCGUAACGGUAAAUCGUGAACGUUACGACGACAUAGUGGAUCGUCGAGUUUAUCGGUAAUACGCCAGUGACAUUUGGAGCGGUACUAUCGAUGAAAUAGAGUUGGCAACAUCGCAUCGACUGGUCUCUCUCACACAAAUACACGGAUACACGUACCUAGAAGGGAACUUGGGGUGGCUGGCUAGCAGGCAGGCAGGCAGGCAGCUUUCUUGUUCCGAGGACGGCGCUCCUGGUCGCGCCGUCUCUCUUUUCUACCUCCAUUGCGCUUGCUCUUCUCUCCCUUUUCUCCCUACCCUCCUCGUCCCGGUCACUCUCCUUCUUUCGCUUUCUCUCUCUUUCUCUCUCUCGCGUGUGCGGCGCACGUACCGUUGAGAACUUCUCCCUUCCCCUUCGAUACUCUUUCUCUACCGUUUUACCCCCUCCCCUCCUAACCUCGAGCGGGUCGGGCGAGUCCACUAAGCCUGCGAGGGGAGUUCGGCAGACCUCGGCUCUAGUCGGCCUCGAUCCGCAGAAUGUGCUAGACGCUGUGGCUCGAUCGUUCCGAUUUUCGUAUAUUCGUACACGAAGAAGCUGUCCGGUAUUCACGAGGCUCGAUAACGUCUCACCGCGUUCCGUUCGUGUGUCCACGGGUCGCCAGUGCCUGUAUCAACGUCAGUUUUCACCGUCAGUUUGGGACGCACUCGACCAGCGUAUAUCCGUACGACGGCCAUGUUUGGUGUUUACGAGGUGAGGGGGAACUGCUGACGUCACGAAGCCCGAUCUUACACGAAGGGAGUAGCAGCACCAGCAGAAGCAGAAAACGUGUUGCCGGCCAACACAGACACCAACGAGUCCAUUAGCACCGAUACGAGAAAGAAAACGAAACGUGGUCGAGCGAGAACGUCGUGCUCGACCGGUAUACGUACGCGGGAUUAUCGUGCGGCCGAACACACGAGGAAGAAAUUCGCGGCGCGCUAACUGUGCCGCCUAAAAUUCCCUUCCCGAUGGGACGUGCGUGUACUCCGACUUCGCUCGUGUUCGUCGGUCUUGCCGCGACUACUGGCCUUUCAAAAAACAUCGGCCGCAUUGCCGCCUCGCCGCUGAAAUAGCAGCCACUCUAAUCACCGUCGGUCGACGCCGAUCAGUGCGGAAAACAUCGAGCGAUGCCGAGUGUUCUCGUAUACGAGACAACACGUGCCGCAGCUUGCUUCACAUGACUCGAUACGAAAAUGUUUUACGCGUCGAGAAUGCGAUCGAAUUGAUCGCUAUUUAAACACGAAAAUAUAACACGUGGUCAUAUUUCACGUGCUGUGUCUUUCACCGUUGAUACACCGACAGUGCUCUACGAAUUCUGUGAAAUCAGAGCUACGUUUCCUUUGGUGAUACGACACUCGUCACGGUUUCUUUCCUUGUGUUUACGUACGUCAUCUCGAUUCAAUUGGAGCUAAAGUUCUGCCUAAAGUCAGUGUCGGUACAUAUGGUGUUACGUUAUUCGAUAUCGUUUCUACGUGACACGCAUCGCACGCUUCUUGGAUAUAUUUACUGCUUUUGUACGCGUCUGUCGAACAAGGAUUAAAAACAUCAUGGAUCUAGGUGACAGAGUUUAUGCCGCGGAACGGAUUAUGAAGAAGAGGGAAAAGCGGGGUAAGGUAGAAUACUUCGUAAAAUGGAAAGGAUGGAGUAAAAAAUACAACACGUGGGAACCGGAAGAGAACAUUCUAGAUGUCAGGUUGAUUGAAUUGUACGAAGAAAAUCAAAAAAAUGGCGGGGAUGUAACAGUAGCUUCAGUACCCACAAGGAGACCCAGGCGGAGGGAUACCAGAUACAGUGAACAAGUGUUGGAGAAUUUGGUGGUUGAGGAAGAACCCGGUGGAGAUGAAAGAGUCGGGGAAGAUAGUCAAGAUGAGUCGACCACAGCCCUAACUACAGGUAGUACCUCAGCUCGUCGGUUGAAUCCCGUUGCACCUGACGAAGACACGCUUCCGAGUUCCCUCGAUGGACACGAAUCGCCGACAGCCCCAGAAUUGUCUGCGUCCAACUUCAGCGUCGAUUCGGACAGUUCCAACAGCAGCGUGGACAGCCCCUUGUUGCCGAGGAGAGAACCAACGGGCACGAAGAGGAAAGCUGAAGUUCUCAGCAAAGAAUCUGGAAAAAUCGGUGUUACCAUUACUACAAGCAGUCCAAGCAGCGGUAGCGGAAGUCCACCACCGAACAAAAUCCCUCGACUGUUACCUUUAAAUAGCAAUCUAACGUCGCCUUCUUGCCACAGCCACAAACUUAACGGUAGGAGGCCAUCAUCGUCGAGCGUGAAAUCCACACCGGAGGAACCGCUACCAGCAGUGCCGACAACGCCAGCUCCAGCUGUGCAAGAAAAAAAGCGAGCAGAAGCUGACGUGCCUCACGGACCUCCACCCUCGUUGCCUCGUGCACCACCAGCACCUUUGUCUCCUCAGAUAGACACACCCCUAGAACAGCCUACUAAGAAGAAGCAACAUUUACCGGAACAAAAACAAGAGAAGUCGAACGGUGCUGUGACGAUAGACACGAACGGUCACAAAUCACCCAGUCCUACAGACUCUUACACCAAUAACAAUAGGUUACCGACCGUUGUGAAUGGACACCAUAGUCAUAAUAAUAACAACAGUCAUAACAAUAACAACAAUAAUAAUAACAACAACAACAAUAAUAAUAAUAACAAUAAUAAUAAUAAUAAUAACACGACGAACGUGAAGCAAACGGAGAUCACCAAGUCAGACGUGUAUGUCCCCCUCUCCAGCCCUGGUACGGAUUACUGGCACGCAAGGAAUCCAGUCGCCGAUCAGGUGUUCAUCACAGACGUCACGGUGAAUCUUAAAACCGUUACCAUCAGGGAGUGCAAGACUGAGAAAGGAUUCUUCCGGGAAAGGGAUCCUAAAAGCGAUAUCUAUUAAUGAUCUUCUGAUAGAGACGUUCUACUGUGAAUUCUAAUAUUGAAAACAACAAUUUUGUAAAUAUAAAUUAUUUUCACACGUUCAGUGUUAAGUCGAGGAUAAUAUUGACGGUAUCGAAUCUAUGAAAUCAUUUUUGGGAGAACUAGGGAUGUACUCGAGAUUGUGGAUCCUGGUCGGAUUCGAAAACAUUCGGACAAGAUCGGACAGCAAUUCGGAAAUAUUAGACUUCAAAUUUUCCAAAUCCCGAGGGGUCAUACAAAGAAAAAUAUCUUCGAGGUCGUGCCCGAUUUAGUCCGAAUUAUUCCGAAUUCGUCCCGAUGCUCGACUAAUCAACAUGUCCGGUCACAUGUACAUCCAUAGGAAGAACGUGUUUGAUUGAAUGUAGCGGAUGGAACAAUGUAAUAAUUAUAAAAGUUUCCGGCAAUCAUACGUUCCGAAUUCGAAGUUCUAAGAACUUUUUAAAAGAAACGAAUGAUUUGAUUGUAAUGAAACAAAUUGAAAAUGGUCAGUUUAGUUGUUGAACAGAAACACGUGUAAAUCAGCGAUCAAUGAUAGAAAGACUACCGCGUUGCACGAGAACGAUACGUCACGAGUCACGAUCACGCGUUGUGAUAUACACGUUUGUACAUUUUAAAAACGCUUGAUAGACGUACACGAUUCUGUACUAAAGAUCUGAUACAACCUUUUUGAGAAUAAGACAUUUUUCUCGAUAAUUGCAUUUCCGCUUCUAUUUAGAAUUGUGCAAAGGAGACACGGUGUGUAAAUUAGUUAAUUUGAAAUUUUACUAUGAUAAAAUAGUACAGAUCUGGAAAGAAAUAUUUUUCUAAUUCGUUUUUAGAGUAUCGAAGCGGCUUCGUAGAAGCUAUUUAAAAAGAUUGAAAAAAAGGAAGUGAACAGUUUUCAAGUAUAGAACGAAACUAAGAUACUAUCUUGACAACGUAUUUCUCAGCAUUAAUGAUAUUAUUAUUGUAUUUACCGGUAAAUAUUACUUUAUUCGUUUACUUUUUUUUUACGUAGAAUAAUAUCAUGUCACAAAAAGGUGUAUCAUUCGUUCCGUAGAUUUUAGAUUCGUUUAGAAAACACACGUUCAUGUUCAUUUAUUUUCGGUUGUUGUAGUAUCGCACAGGUCAAUGCACAGUUUAAGAAAAAAAACAAUUAUGUAUAUUUGUUAUAAACAACAUUGUACGCAGGGUCGACGCGAGACGGGUUCAGAGCUUAAGACUAUAUUACAGUAAAAUUCUGUUAUAUUAUCACAGAGGAAAUUAUUACAGCGAAGAAUUGUUGAAAUUGGCUACAUAUUGAAUGAAAACUUUCAAAUUUUAAAUUUCAGAAAUGAAAAACAAUUCUAUAUAGUUUUGAAACCCAGUUCCGCAAAUGUUUAUGCCGGCCCUGACUGUACACAAUGAUUUUGUAAUGCGUUCUAUAUUAUUGAUUCUCGUUACAUAUCGAUUUCGUGUUGUUUAAUGAUGUUAGCUGUUGCAUUUUCUUUUUUACCGUCAAAUGUGUUUUCGUUUUCAUUCGAGUUUAAGGACUGACUUAAGCACAUAAUAUUUUGCGCGCGAUUCAAUUCCAAUGUCGUAUUCGAUAAACGUUUAUGCAUAUCCCGAUACAGCAGCAUAACUUCAUUUCUUAAGAUGAAUCGUAUUAACCGAAUAACAUGUUCCUAUUCCGAGCGAUCAUGUUUAGUAGAAACAAUCGAGUACAAGUAAAUUCUAAUGUAAGAAACAUCGCUGACUCGAGCAUCGUAUCUUUUGUUUUUUAAUAAUUUUAAACGACUUCGCACCGUACAGUUUCGCGUGUGCACACCUUUCAAGAACCAGUAAAUCCGUGAUAUAGUGAAAUAAUGUAAGCGUAAAACUUAAAGGAAGAAACGCAUAUACGUUGCUUAUUUAUUGUAACUAAUAUAAAAGUUUUUAGGUUUUUACAUUCUUAGUAUAGAGUAUAUUUCUUAGAUAAUGUACGCAAUGCGUCCCCGUUCGAACGGUUCUUUUUGUUUUAUUUUUCGAUUCAGUUAUACGUUACACAUUGAGAAAUCGUUACUCGUUGUGAGAAAAGCGAUACUUCCAAAAAUUGUUCAAUGUUUUUUGUAUAGAUUUUCGAAAAGAGCAGAGCGAUAGAUGAUUUAUCUUUUUUAACAAAAAAAAAAAAAAAAAUGGGGCUAUUUGUGUACAAUUAGAUCACGAUUCCUUGCAAAGAAGAAGUUGCACAGGAUUUCAAUAAACGUUUAAAUUGUUGUAAUGUAUCACUGUGUAUAUUGACAAGAAGAUAUUCUGUAAAAAUUGUAAAUAGUGGAAACUUACGUUAUAUAUACAUAUAUAUAUAACGAAACACGAGGUGAAAAAUCGCGUAGCUUUAGACGUUUCAGUAAUAAAUUUGUGUAAAUAGAACAGAAAUGCGAAAAUCCCCCUUUUAAGUUGUAAAUGUAAUUAAAUUGCAACUGCAAGUCUAGAGGAGAUCCUUUUAGCUUUAGAAUUAUUUGAGAUAGACUGUGCGCGUACCUUCGACAUUGUUUCUGUACUUAUAGAUAUUCAGACUACUUAUACGAUAAACACACAGAGAGAAAGAAAGAUAACCCAGCGCUUAAGCAGGCAUAUACGAUAUGUGAACCCCGGUAGUACCAAAUUCAACGGUAAUUUUAGUUCUGUCUGGUACAGAUUCCUUAUAUUUCAAUAAAAUCUUUAAUUGAA